GCGGAGCGGAGCGGGGGGCCGAGCUCCCCCUCCGCCGGCGGCAGGGACGCGGGCGAGAAGUGGGUCCGGCGCAGCAGCGGGCCAAGGCCGGGCAGGAGGCCUCCGACCGGGUGCAAGAGCCUCUGUCAGGGUCGAGGGCAACCUAAGCUACGUCAAGUGACGGUAGCUGAUCUCCGGGAGGCCCCGGAGACAAGGCGGCUCCUGCGUCUGCUUCAGUGCCGGACGCGGCAGGUGGGGUUUUGUCCUAGACUCACCCAUCGAAGGUCGACCUGAUGGCAUGGCCCCCGGGCACCAGCUCCGCAGCCCAGCCUGGCACCAAGGCGCCUGGAUUUCCCUCGGCACCGCUCAGUCAUCCAUCCUUGCUGUUUAGCCUCCAACGAACCACCCUCUGGGGUUUCACGUUUCACAAUACCCCCAAGUACCGUUUCCUCCCCAGAGUGUUACCCAGAGCAUAGAACAAGCCCUUUCUGCCAGUCUCCAAGUCUGUAUGCAGAUUCCUCGGGAAAGGUAGGAUCAAAAAUUAGUAAUUAGCACAGUGCCCUCAGAGCUGCCAGCUAAGUGGGAAAACAAACCGAGAAAUUUAUUUCUCUUUCCUUUCCCUAAGUAAACUCGAAUGUACUUCCACAAUGCUCCCCUUUUACUAGAGGAGUCACACAAAGAUGCUCAUUCUUUUUCCCCAGAGGAAGCUGAGCAGUGUGGCAUCCUGAGGCAACCCAGACGUGCUCCCGGCCUCAGCCCUGCAGCAGCUCCCUGCGUGGAGCAGCGUGGUCACUGUUCCGUGGGGUCACACGGCUGUCACGCACCCACACUGCAGAGGGUGCAGUCCAUGGCUGCAGACUCAGAGUGAGCAAGCCCCAAAACCCCGUUUGGCUUUGGAAAUCCAGUAGGCUUGGGAAAGGGAGCUUUGUAUUGUAAUUAUGUUUCUUGUAUUUUUCUACAAGUAGCUCAUAAUAUAAAAACAACCAGGGAACUACAAUUAGGGAAAAAGAGAAAUGGUUUUCUAAAGCUUAGAAACAGACGUUGCUACCAUGCACUGUAAAAGUAUUUCAUUGAAACCAGAGACGGCCGUUAAACUUCCCAAUUUAGUUGUAAGCGCAGCUCUUACCCUGCAGUCGAGCGGCUUCCUUUAACCCUCUGCCAAGGCUACGUCUCUCUGAAAUGAGAUUAGACCAAGAGACCUUGGGAGGGAAGAGCACGAGGAGCUGACAGAACAGCAGGCAGCUCUCCUGCCAGCUGCCACCGAGCUGACAUCAGGACCGGUCGGUAUGCUGGUGCCCAGUCAAGUCUGUUUGUUUCUGUUUUGGUUUUGCUGCCCUGAGGAUGAACCCAAGGCCUCCCAGUACUGGGGACCGCCUAGAGGUCCCCAGACCCCUAGUCAUCUUCCAAGGAAAGACCGAGGAUGUCCCACUUGUUUGUACCUAGCCCUUGUGGAAAGCAUGUCCUGUCUUCACUGCAGUGUCACUUACACGGAAGCCCACAGCUAUCUGCAAGGCUACGCACAGCAUCCUCUGGCCCACAGAGAGGUCAGAUUGUGCAAGCUGGACUCCUAGCAGAAAGUCAGGAAGGGCGGGAUGUGGGGAACAAGGUGCUGGGAGCAGGGCGUGUAAGGCCACAGCAUGCACUACAUCUAUAUUCAGCUCUUGUAAAGGCUUCUGAACUUCUGCACCACGCCCCCAACGCACACACUGGGUCUUGACCAGCUCCUGAGGACAAGGGAAAGGAGGCGUUCAUCUGUUUCUCUUCCCUGUGGGCAGUUUGGCUCCUUCUUUAUUUGGAGACUGAAAGCCACAAUAGGACAACAGGGCAGAAGCUGAACUGAAGUGAUGAUUUCAUGUACAGUUUCCAGAAAGGACUCUGUGCGCUGGGUGGUCCGGAGUCUUUGUGGAAAAAAAAGGCUCAAAAACCUCUGAGAAAAAUGUAAAGCAUUUCUAUGUGAAUAUGACAUUUCCUGAA